AUGGCUCCUGCGCAGCCGCCGCCGGAUUCUCCGAACUCGGAGAAGGCGAAGGCCCUGGUGUUGACCUCCACCUUGACAACCUCCACUCGCAGUCGAAUGGCUUCCACGGAGGUACCCUCGCCACGCGUCUACUCGGCCUACGACCCGAGCCCGGCCAAUUUGGCAAAAGAGUAUCACCGCUACGAUCCUGAUAUCGAGCUGUCGAACUCUUCAGAGUUCGGAGGAUGCCGUCGAGAGGGAGUACCCUUCACGUGCACGGAGCAGCGGGAGCUCUUUCCACCGGGCGAUCCUGUGCCAGCCCCCGGAUUCUACAAAGAUGCCGGAUCUUCCUUGAAGAAGUCCGGUGUCUCGCAGUUCGGUCGUGCGCGGCGAGAGAUCACACUGGCUGUGCGAGAGAGCCGCAGCGCUUCGCCGUCGGUGGGAAGUUACGACUUGCGCCCCCGCCCGAAGAUUCCAGGUGCCCGGUUCUCAACGGCGACUCGCUGGCGCAGCGUGCACGCCGAAUUUCGGGC